AUGAGUGUGUACACUCUGAACCUGCGGGUGUUCUGGCCUCUGUUAACCUGUGUGUUGACAGGUCUGGUUCUCCACCACCACAUCACCCACUGGCUAAGCUCAGAAUCAGGCCCAGAAUCAGGCCCCGAUCCUGGGUACGAGGCUGGGACAGAGCCCUGCUCUGACCAGGGCCCUCCGGUCUUUCUCGCACUCAUCAAACUACUACUGGCCUGUAUCCUCUGCUACCUCUUCAUAAGGUACCCAGUCCACACACAUCAUAUAUUUUCUCUCUCUCUCUCUCUCUCUCUCUCUCUCUCUCUCUCUCUCUCUCUCUCUCUCUCUCUCUCUCUCUCUCUCUCUCUCUCUCUCUCUCUCUCUUUCUCUCUAUCUCUAUCUAUCUUUCUCUCUGUCUAUCUCUCCUUCUCUGUCUCUCUCUCUCUCUUUCUCUCUCUUUCUCUCUCUUUCUAUCUCUCUCCCGCUCUCUCUCCAUUCAAUUCAAUUCAAAGGGCUUUAUUGGCAUGGGAAACAUAUGUAUUCAUUGCCAAAGCAAGUGAAAUGGAUAAUAAACUAAAGUUAAAAAUAAAAUAAAAAUAAAAUGAACAGUAAACAUUACACACCAAACAUUUUAAAUGUCAUAUUAUGUCUAUAUGCAGUGUUAUAACGAUGUGCAAAUAGUUAAAGUACAAAAGAGAAAAUAAAUAAACAUAAAUAUGGGUUGUAUUUACAAUGGUGUUUGUUCUUCACUGGUUGCCCUUUUCUUGUGGCAACAGGUCACACAUCUUGCUGCUGUGAUUGCACACUGGUAUUUCACCCGGUAGAUAUGGGAGUUUAUCAAAAUUGGAUUUGUUUUCGAAUUCUUUGUUGGUCUGUGUAAUCAGAGGAAUAUAUGUCUCUAAUAUGGUCAUACAUUUGGCAGGAGGUUAGGAAGUGCAGCUCAGUUUCCACCUCAUUUUGUGGGCAGUGUGCACAUAGCCUUUCUUCUCUUGAGAGCCAGGUCUGCCUACGGUGGCCUUUCUCAAUAGCAAGGCUAUGCUCACUGAGUCUGUACAUAGUCAAAGCUUUCCUUAAUUUUGGGUCAGUCACAGUGGUCAGGUAUUCUGCCACUGUGUACUCUCUGUUUAGGGCCUAAUAGCAUUCUAGUUUGCUCAGUUUUUUUGUUAAUUCUUUCCAAUGUGUCAAGUAAUUAUAUUUUUGUUUUCUCAUGACUUGGUUGGGUCUAAUUGUGUUGCUGUCCUGGGGCUCUGUGGGGUCUGUUUGUGUUUGUGAACAGAGCCCCAGGACCAGCUUGUAGAAUUUAACGGCUCUUUUCUGGAUUUGCGAGUAUCGGCCUAAUUCUGCUCUGCAUGCAUUAUUUGGUAUUUUACGUUGAUUUCACAAGGAUUUUCCCAAGGUUGCUGUUGACGUAUAUCCCAUGAUAGUUAUUGGGGUCAAAUUUGUCUCCACUUUUGUGGAUUGGGGUAAUCAGUCCUUGGUUCCAAAUAUUGGGGAAGAUGCCAGAGCUGAGAUGAUGUUAAAGAGUUUAAGUAUAGCCAAUUUGAAUUUGUAGUCUGUAUAUUUUAUCAUUUCAUUUUGGAUACCAUCAACACCACAGGCCUUUUUGAGUUGGAGGGUUUGUAUUUUGUCCUGUAGUUCAUUCAAUGUAAUUGGAGAAUCCAGUGGGUUCUGGUAGUUUUUAAUAGCUGAUUCUAUUAUGUGUAUUUGAUCAUGUAUAUGUUUUUGCUGUUUGUUCUUUGUUAUAGAGACAAAAAGAUUGGAGGAGUGGUUUAUCCAUACAUCUCCGUUUUGGAUAGAUAGCUCUUCAUGUUGUUUUUUGUUUAGUGUGUUCCAAUUUUCCCAGAAGUGGUUAGAGUCUAUGGAUUCUUCAAUUACAUUGAUCUGAUUUCUGACAUGCUGUUCCUUCUUUUUCCAUAGUGUAUUUCUGUAUUGUUUUAGUGAUUCACCAUAGUCUGUGGCGUAGGCUCAGGUUUUCUGGGUCUCUAUGUUUUUGGUUGGAUAGGUUUCUCAAUUUCUUUCUUAGGUUUUUGCAUUCUUCAUCAAACCAUUUAUCACUGUUAUUACUUUUCUUUGGUUUUCUGUUAGAGAUUUUUAGAUUUGAUAGGGAAGCUGAGAGGUCAAAUAUACUGUUUAGGUUUUCUACUGCCAAGUUUACACCUCCACUAUUACAUUGAAACAUUUUGACCAGGAAGUUGUCUAAAAAUGAUGGAAUUUGUUGUUGCCUAAUAGUUUUUUGGUAGGUUUCAACACUACUUUCCUUCCAUCCAUAGCAUUUUAAAAUAUUAUGCAGUUCCUUUGGCUUUGAUGCCUCAUGACUGUUUAUUGCUCUGUUCAGGUUGACUGAAUUUGCUGUGAUCUGAUAGUGGUGUCAGUGAUAAAGUAAUCUACAGUACUACUGCCCAGAGAUGAGCUGUAGGUGUACCUACCGUAAGAGUCCCCUCGAAGCCUACCAUUGACUAUGUACAGGCCGAGCGUGCAACAGAGCUGCAGAAAUUGUGACCCGUUUUUUGUUGGUUGUUUUGUCAUAGUUGUGUCUAGGGGGCAUAUUUGAGAGAUUAAUGCUGUCAACUCCAGGUAGGGUGUUUGUUCCUCUCUCUCUCUCCUUCUUCACUCCUAUCUACACUCUAUAUCUACAUGUUUCUCUCUCUGAUUCUCUCUGCCGUCAUCUCUGCUCUCUCUCUCCCCGCCUUCCUCUCGCCCACUCCCCGUCUUUCUGUCGUUUAGUUCCCGGUUCCCACUGUGAUUCUUGUUCUUCUUAUGGAAAAAACUCAUAUAAUACUUUGAUGCUGUGUUCAUUUCCUUUGAUUCUGUGCCUCUUUCAAUAUGAAAACUCCUAUGAAUUGGACUUCAUGGUAAACUGCCAUCUGACUCACCCACCCAGGGGCCCCAAAAAUUGCCCCUCAGGCCGCUGACGGGGCUCGAAAUUCGGGGUCGUCGGGGGCCUGGAGGACUAUACGAGCCCCUGGGUGCGCUGUCUUUUCCCCACGUUCUGGGCACACAAGGCCCACGUGGCCAAUGGUCGGGAGCUGGUCAGGCCGGAAUCCAUGGAUAUCCAGAGUCCUUGGCGUCCAAAUUUUGGUAGUCCAAAUUUUUUUGGGGGGGGAAAAUGGGAAAAAAAAUUUUUUUUUUUUUUUUUUUUUUUUUUCCCCCCCCAAAAAAAAAAAUUUUUUUUUUUUUUAGGGGUUUUUUUUUUUUUUUCCCUUUUUUUUCCCCCCCCCCUUUUUUUCCCCCCCUUUUUUUUUUCCCCCCCCCCGGGGGUUUUUUUUUCCCCCCCCCCCCUAAAACCCCCCCACCCCAAAAACCCCCAAAAAGGAACCCCUUUUUUUUUUUUUUUUAAAAUUUUUGGGGGGUUUUUUUUUUCCCCCCCUUUUGGGGGGGUUUUUCCCUUUUCCCGGGGGGGCCCCCCCCAAAAAAAACCCUUUUUUUUCCGGGCCCCCCUUUUUAAUUUUUUUCCCCCCCCCCCCUUUUUCCCCCCCCCCGGGGGGGUCUUUAAAAAGGGGCCCCUUAUUUUGGGGUUUUCCGGGGGGGGGAAAAAAUUAAAACCCUUUUGGGAAUUAUUCCUUUUUUUUUAAAGGGGUUUUUUUUUUUUUUUCCCCAAAAAAAAAAUUCCAAGGUUUUCCCCAAAACCCCCCCCGGGGGGGGGGGGGUUAAAAAAGGGUGGCCAAAAAGGGGGGGGGGCCCCCCCCCCCCGGGGGCCCCGGGGCCCCCUGGCCUUUUGGGGGGGGGGGGGGGAAAAUUUUCCCCUUUUUUGGGGCCCCAAGGGGGGGGAAAAAAAAAAAUUUUCGGGGGGUUAAAAAGGCCCAGUUUUAAAAACCCCCCUUUUUUUGGGGGGUUUUGGGUUUUUUGGGGGGGUUUUUUUGGGGGGAAAAAUUUGGGAAAAAGGGGGGGGGUUUUUAAAAAAAUUUUGGGUUUUGGGGGGGCCCAAAAAAGGGGGGGGGGGGCCGGGGGGGGGAAAAGGGGAAAAAUUUGGGGGGGGGGAAAAAAAAAAAAAAAGGCCCCGGGGGGGGGGGGGGGAAAAAAAAGGGGGGGGGGGGGGGAAGGGGGGGAAAAAAAAAGGGGGGGAAAAAGGGCCCCCGGGGGGGGGGGUUGGGGGGGGGGGGGGGAAAAAGGGGGGGGGGUUUUUUUUUUUUUUUUUUUUUUUUUUGGGGGGGGGGGGGCCCCCCCCCCCCUUUUUUUUUUGGGGGGGGGGGGGCCCCCCCCCCCUUUUUUCCCCUUUAAAGGGAAAAAAGGGGAAAACCCCCCGGGGGGAGGGAAAAGGGGGAAAAAGGGGGGGGAAAAAAGGGGGGGAAGGGGGGGAAAAAGGGGGGAAAAAAAAGGGGGGGGGGGGGGGGGGGGCCCGGGGGGGGGGGGCCCCCCCUUUUUUUCCCCCGGGGGGGCCCCCAAAAUUUAAACUUUUCCGGGGGGCCCCCGGGGGGGGGGGGGGGCCCCGUCCGGGGGGGCCCCCCCCCGGGGGGGGGGCCCCCCCCCCCCCCUUUUCCCUUUUUCCCGGGCCCCGGGGGCCCCCCCCUUUCCCAAAAAUUUUUGGAACCCCCCCCCCCCCCCCCCCCCCCCCCAACCCCCCCCCCCCCCCCCCAAAAACCCCCACCCCCCCCAAUUUUUAAAACCCCCCCCCCCCCCCCCCCCCCUUGGGGGGUUUUUCCCCCCGGGGGGGGGGGGUUUUCAGGGGGUUUAGGGGGGGGGAAAUUUUUUAAAAAAAAAAAUUUUUUUUUUUUCUUUCUUUUUUUUUUUUUUGGUUUUUUUUUUUUUUUUUUUUUUUUUUUUCUUUUUUUUUUUUUUUUUUUUUUCUUUUUUUUUUUUUUUUUUUUUUUUUUUUUUUUUUUCCACCCCUUUUUUCCCUUUUUUUUUUUCCCUUUUUUUCCCCCAAACCCCCCCCCCUUUUUUUUUUUUUUUUUAAAAAAAAUUUUUUUUUUUCCCCCCCCCCCCCCCUUUCCCCCCCCCCUUUUUUUUUAAAACCCCCCGGGGGCCCCCCAAAACCCCCCCGGGGGGGGGGGCCAAGGUAAGGAGGGUCUUGAAGGAGGAGGGAAGGAAGGUGAAAGGGAUGCUCAGAGGACGGUGGGUGGAGCGGCGUCCCGGCUUUGCAGCUAGGGGACGCCUCGUGUAGUGACGGGGUACGAAACACCGCAUUUCACGGAACUUUUUACGGUUUGCACCUUUCGGGGGCGCCCGAAAGGUCACGGUGAGGCAUCGUAGGGGGUCACGGGGGGGUCAGGGGGAGGGGGCGGGGGGAUUACGCCUGACCCGGACCUCCGUCCCCCGGUUGGUUCUACCGCCGGUUCCACUUUCCCUAGACCUACGUUUACCCUUUCGAGCAGCGGUUUGUUACAGCUGAGUUGACGCGCCCCCCCCCGCAGACAGUGUGCCAGGCUACGUCACACCCCCGCCGGGACUAGUCUGCGGUCACACUCCAUGGCAAUACGGCGUCCUCCCCGCAUCCCCUCGGAGACGGGUCUACAUGGUCCCAUGGAAACGAAGGCCUCCCUCAGUGGCGAGGGACUAAUACAGGAUGUGUUCAGGUGAUAAGGGGGAGAUGAUAUGAUGUCCAUUUAACAAAAGUAAAAAUAAAGUAGGAAAUUCUCUUUCUAUCUUUCUGUCUUUCUUUCUGUCUUUCUUUCUUUCUUUCUUUCUUUCUUUCUUUCUUUCUUUCUUUUCAUUAUUAUUAUUGAAUUAAUUCACUAAAUCAUUAAUUCUCUGUCUUCUUCCUUCCCUUCUUCCUUCCUUCUAUCCUUCAUCCAUCCAUCCAUUCUCUCCUUUCAUUAUCAUCCACUCAUUCCAGACCAGCACCAGGACCCACAGAGCCAGGAGAAGGACCUGUGGACUAUUUUCUUCCCCCGCCAGGAGCAGCGUCUGCUGGGCUGGCUCCGUGGCCGCUCCCCCCAGCCCUCCUGCCACCUCAAGGUGCUCCAGCUGACCAAGGCCCUGCGUGACCUGGGUGGCCAGGCCCUGGACAGUAACCGGGGGGCGCUCUGGAGGUCAGUCCUCUCCUCCUACACGCUGAAGACAGCCUGGCUGCGUCUGCUACUCAGCUCUCCUGCAGAGGUAGGUUACACCAUACCUUCAAUAGGUACUACAGGUUACACCAUACCUUUAAUAGGUACUAUAGGUUACACCAUACCUUUAAUAGGUACUAUAGGUUACAACAUACCUUUAAUAGGUACUACAGGUUACAACAUACCUUUAAUAGGUACUCUUAAUGUGUUCUCUUACUACUUUAUUUACUACUUAUUUUUACUGAAUACUUUUUAAAUAGAUGCUGCACUGUCAUUUUACUGUGUACACUAUGGUGUAUGUAUAAUGCAUCUGACCAGAGAUGGGCAGUUUUUCUUAUUUUAAUUACUGCUGAGUACUUUGCAAUUUGUAUUUCACUGGCAUGAACUACAAUUCAAUGUAUUUUGUAACAAGAGACUUUAGAGAGCUGUUAUUUUUAUAUUUUCAAAAUACAACAUACUUUUUCUAUACCAUUUAUUUAUAGUGGUCCACCUUGCAUUGGUAUCAGAAGUCUGAUGGCACUAUGGUGUGAUAAAAGUAUCAGCUAAAUUACCAAAAUGUAAAUGUGAAAAUGAACACUUGCAAAACAUGCUGGGUAUUAUUCUAAUGAGCUCCGCCCCUAAACAAGGCCAAUUAUAAUAACCAGUGUUCUUUGAAUUUUUAACAUUUACAUUUAGCAGAUGGUCUUAUCCAGAGUGACUUCCAGUCAGUGCAUUCAACUAAGGUAGAUAAACAACAAACGUCACAGUCAUAGCAAGUAAAAUGUUUCUGUAACCUUUACUGAGACUGCUGUUUUAUUAAGGGGGCUACUUGCAAAUGUAUUUCUGUAUUUUAAAAUACAAAAUACAUGUUUUUUAAUUAAAUACAAUACUUUGCAAACAUAUUUUGUCAUUUAUUUUGAUACAUUAAUCUUUUGGGUAUUUUGCUGUUGUAAUUUGUAAUGUUUUGCUAUUUUAAUUUAUAAAGUUUUGGUAUUGUAAUUUGUAAUGUUUUGCUAUUGUAAUGUGUAAUGUUUUGCUAUUGUAAGUUGAAAUGUUUUGCCAUGUAGCUCAGUUGGUAGAGCAUGGCGCUUGCAUCGCCAGGGUUGUGGGUUCGAUUCCCACGGGGGACCAGUUUGAAAAGAUGUAUGCGCUCACUAACUGUAAGUCGCUCUGGAUAAGAGCGUCUGCUAAAUGACUAAAUUGUAAAAUUUAAUUUGUAAUGCUUUGCUAUUGUAAUUUAUAAUGUUUUGCUAUUGUAAUUUGUAAUUGUAUUUUGUCAUUGUUGGCCAUCCCUUCAUAUGACGAUAAACUUUGAUCUGAUUUGAUUGGAGACCUGUUAUGAGUUCUGAUGUAUUUUCCUCUAUGGGUGGAUCUGCUCUAUCAUAUGUAUGUUUGGAAAUCAUUUGUAAAUAGGUGACUAAGGUUUCUACUGACUGUCUACUUGUCUUUCUUUUGUAGGCCUGGGAGGAGCGCCAUCUGGUGGCCAGAAUGGAGGAGCUGGUCCGCAGCCUGAGGGACAGCCUCCAGAACCGGGCUCUGGAUCACCUCUUCCUGGGGAGCGACAGCGGCUCCAUCCUGCCUGACUCUGUGGCUCUACCUAAGUUGGUCAAGGAGGCGGUGGGAGCUCCAGUGGGGGGUCCAGUGGAGGGUUCGGGGGGACGUUUGGGGGGUUCGGCAGGGAACCUCUGGGCAGGUGUGGACCCGGCCUCAUUGGACCUAGUGUCGGGCCGGUUGGCGUAUGCCUGGACCCAUCUCCACCGGCUGAUCAGGCUUGGCCGACCCCAGAGGAGUAGCUUGGGGCUGGGCAGGGCAGGCAACGUAAACUGCCUGCAUCUGCAACCUGGAGAAUAACCAACGUAUCUUUCCUGGAAACAAAUUAAAAGGAUUACGGUUCUAAAGGUGAAACAGGGGUUGACAGGCAGAUACAGACAGACGGGAUGGAUGAGACAUCGGACUACAUGCACAUCCGAAGGUUGUAAAGGAGCUGCUGGUGUAGAAUCCAAAAAAGUAUAUAACAGUGUUAUAUACAUUCUCCGAGUCAUCAUCCUUAAUCCAGUCAUGAAUGGAAAUCAUAGGGAAUGUUUGAAUUUGUAAUUUAUGAAUUGGUAAUUAAUACAUUUGUGAUUUUUCCCUGGUACCUAAUGAAUUAGGUUUCAUUCAUAACCAGAGUGUUUGGAUGUCUGAUUCCCUAUUACGAUGCCCUAUUACGAAUGUAGUGCACUUCAUUGGACCAGAGUCCAAUAGGGCUGUGGUUCAAAGUAGUGCACUAGGCAAUAGGGUGCCAUUUGGGAUGCGUUCUGUGCUGUUUGUAUUAUCAGUUCAGGGCCAGACAGUGUAACGGCAGGGUAAACUCCCAGUUCAGGGCCAGACAGUGUAACGGCAGGGUAAACUCCCAGUUCAGGUCCAGACAGUGUAACGGCAGGGUAAACUCCCAGUUCAGGGCCAGACAGUGUAACGGCAGGGUAAACUCCCAGUUCAGGGCCAGACAGUGUAACGGCAGGGUAAACUCCCAGUUCAGGGCCAGACAGUGUAACGGCAGGGUAAACUCCCAGUUCAGCGCCAGACAGUGUAACGGCAGGUAAACUCCCAGUUCAGGGCCAGACAGUGUAACGGCAGGGUAAACUCCCAGUUCAGGGCCAGACAGUGUAACGGCAGGGUAAACUCCCAGUUCAGGACCAGACAGUGUAACGGCAGGGUAAACUCCCAGUUCAGCGCCAGACAGUGUAACGGCAGGGUAAACUCCCAGUUCAGGGCCAGACAGUGUAACGGCAGGGUAAACUCCCAGUUCAGGGCCAGACAGUGUAACGGCAGGGUAAACUCCCAGUUCAGGGCCAGACAGUGUAACGCAGGGUAAACUCCCAGUUCAGGGCCAGACAGUGUAACGGCAGGGUAAACUCCCAGUUCAGGGCCAGACAGUGUAACGGCAGGGUAAACUCCCUAGUUCAGGGCCAGACAGUGUAA